CAGAUUACCCUCUAGGUCGUAUAGUGAGAAACUCUAUGAUGACAUGGCUGCAACAGCAUGCCAAAGCGCUGUUGUUCGAGCCGAUGCGAGCGCUCUGAGCGCAAUAAAAUUCACAGUACGUUUAUGGUGUAGUCGCUCUCCUUCUUCACGAAGUUCGCGAUCUUUAGUGCGGGUAUCUUGAAGCGCAAGCGUGAAAUUGCAGCGAAAAUGCAAGGGCAGGCUCUUUUCGUGCCUGUCGUGAUCUAGAAGUUGUUACCAAAAGUUGUGGCGGAUACUCGGCUUUGCGCCGUUGAAGUGUGCAGCCUCCUCGACUUUGUUCACGGGUCUGAGCUGCACCUUUUUACCCUAGAAGAGGGGCCCGAGCGUGCGCGGUUGUCCUGGCGGCGAGCGAAGUGGAUGGACACCUCCAUCGAGCAUGCUGCACUUCGAAGCUUGCGGUUCCAGUGCACGCAGAGAACGGCUCUGAGGUGCAUGUGACCCGCCAAUGGGCGCUCAAACUGGGCGGCGUGCCCGCUUCUACGGUGACAGCGGAAAUAGCUCGCAGUGAUAUGGGCACUCGCGACGGUGCGUCUGUCACAGCGCCCGCGGAGACGACGCUUCAGGUGUGUGCUGGUUGCAUGGCAGGUGACAAUGGUGGACAUCAUACUUACGUUUCUGAUGUACCUCCAGACACAGUGGCUGCUCCGAAUGUGCUGCCAAAGAGAUGUCCCUGUGGACAGUUGAUCGACAUGGAUGCAAGCGCCCAGGCAGCAGGUUGGAAGGUGCGCAGGGAGGUGUCUAUCCAGUGCAGCUUACCACGGAAAGUGCACCGGGAGGUGUCCAUCCAGUGCAGCUUACGACAGAUGCCCCCUCUACCCCUCCCAAUUGAAAUCUGCUCUGAAGACACACAAUCGGAGUUGAAAACGAGAAUGACUGCUUCUGGCAGUGGUGUGCAGGAUCUGAAACAUUGCAGAUCUUGCGAUUCUAAUGCAUCUGCAGUUGACUUGAUUGACGAUUCGAACAGCAGUGAGUCAGAGGAUGCCAACUUUUCAUCUGACUUCGAUUCUGAGAGUGACGACAACAGAAACCAGCCUGGAACAUCGGUGGCUGCAACCCGGGUGUACACAUCCUUUGGGCAGGACUCCUUGCCGUCUGCGCAGCAGAGAGUGGUGUUCAGCCCUGCUAGGAAACCGGGCAUCCAUUUCGGCAUGCAGUUCCGCAGGGGCACUCGUCGUCUGCUCAAAGCAAUAGAUGCUUUCCGGCUGUUUUUCACAGUGGAAGUGAUAGCAAAAAUCUGUAGAAAUACAAACAAAUAUGCCUGGUCAAUGAUUCUUGAGAAGCCAACAUACAGUGAAGCCGACGGAUCUUGGAAGGAAGUCACACGCACAGAGAUGAUGACGUUCAUAGGUGUUCUUCUGUACAUGGGCAUUGUGGAGCUACCACGGCUGCAUCUGUACUGGGGUACAUCGAGCCUGUUUUCCGGACUUGUCCUAGCGAAAAAAAUGUCAAGAAAACGUUUCUGGGCUCUUUUGGGCAUGCUACAAGUGUCAGACCCAAAUAUCGACAUGCAAGGAACUGAAACAGAAUUCGACAAAGUCUCGUGGUUGCUGCACCACAUAAAUGAACGUUCAGCAGAGUUCUUUCAACCACACCGUGAACUUUCUGUUGACGAAAAGGUGCUAAAAUUAAAUGGGCACUCUGAAAUGCGGCAAUAUAUUAGAGAUAAUGUGACCAAAUGGGGAUUCAAAUUGUGGGUUCUCACAGACUCUAAAACCGGUUACACAAUCCAAUUCAUCGUACACACUGGUAAGCACGAAAAGCCUAGCGCAAAUGGCCUAGCCUAUGAUGUUAUUACCUGCCUGUGCAAGCUCUAUCUCGACCAGGGUUACUGCUUAUAUAUGGACAACUUUUACACUUCCACGUCGCUGUUUCGGCAGUUGCUUGCACGUAUGACAUUGGCUUGUGGGACGACGCGUAAAGACCGCCAUGGAUUUCCAAAGGAGCUGAAGGACACGAGCUGGGAAAACAAGGCCAAGCGAGGGGAUGUGCGCUGGCUCCGGGACAGUGGUGUUCUUUACCUCCAGUGGAAAGACCAACAUGUCAUGCACAUGGUGAGCACCGCACAUACGGCAAACCAGCAUGUGCUUGCCAAACGAAGAGAAAAAAGAGACGGAAAAUGGCACGAAAUUUCCAUCAAGAAGCCACAACUUGUAGAUGAGUACAACGCAGUCAUGCGUGGUGUCGACAAGUCAGACCAAUUGACGGGUUCUUGCAACAUCCUCCAAAAGUGUUUCCGGCGAUGGAAAACCCUGUUUUUACUCUGUAUGGACAUUGCUUGUGUCAACAGCUACAUUAUUUUUCAGGAAUACAGGAAGCUACAUCCUGAGAUUGCCGAGUGUGCAAGAAUUGCAGGCUAUGAUCAGCUUGCAUUCAGAACAGAACUAGUGCAGCAGCUCCUUGAACUUGAGUAUUCGCCGCAAGAUUGUGCUCCUCCACCAUCUGAAGUCAUUCAGCACCAACCAGCCAAAACGGAGAAAUUCCGGAACUGCAAGAAAUGCUACAGUGACAGUAAAAUUGAGCACAAAACAAGAGUUUACUGUAAGACCUGCAAUGUUCCCCUGUGUUUCACAUCGAGGAACUGCUUUGCCGCAUGGCACGCCCAGCUGUAAGGCUUCCAGUUAAAUUUUUACAGCAGUAGUGUUCAAGAAGUGUCUCACGUGACUGUGCUGUAUAUUUCUUUUCAUCAUUUCAUAAUUUUAUAGUGGCUCUGAAUUGAAUAUGUCAGUUGCAGAGCAAUAAAAAGCAGGGCAUGUAGAAAGUUAUAUCCAUCCAUGUAGAAACCUGUCGUAAAUGUUCUGAUGAAUGAGCUUGUUGCUUAGAAACGAGGGCCUAGAGUGGACUUAGAAAAACAACUUGCCAUUUUGUUUGUUGAGAUGUCCUAGUAGCAGUUGACUCAUGUUCUUAGGUUAGGGUAAGGUACAUUACACUUUUCAUCAAAUUGUCUGUUUCAGUGGCAUAAUUUAUGAAAUUGCAAUUCAGAAACACCAUGGAGAACCUAGCUGAUGUAUGAAGCAGUAGUUCUGCAGAAACCUGCGAAGUGGAGAGAAGUAAUGAGUAAAGAGAAAAUCAGACAUCCACCCGUUUGUAGCAAUUGCUACAAAGAAAACCCGUAUGGGUUCCUCGAAAGAAAAGCCUCAUAGUUGAAGAAAAAUUCGUCCUGGUCUGGGACUUGAACCCGGGACCACCGCUUUUCCGGGGCAGCCGCUCUACUAUCUGAGCUAACCAGGCGGCUAGCAGAUGGCGGGGCGAAGUCGAAUUUGGCGACAACACGAAGCAAAGGCAAGUGUUUGACGUAGUAGUUCUGCGGAAACCCACAAGGUGGAGAGAAGUAAUGAAUAAAGAGAAUAUCAGACUUUGUAGAAAUCCACCCUUUGUGUUGUUGACAAAUUCGACUUCGCCCUGCCAUUUGCUAGCCGCCUGGUUAGCUCAGAUGGUAGAGCGGCUGCCCCGGAAAGGCGGUGGUCCCAGGUUCGAGUCCCGGACCAGGACGAAUUUUUCUUCAACUAUGAGGCUUUUCUUUCGAGGAACCCGUACGGGUUUCCUUUGUAGCAAAUGCUACAAACGGGUGGAUGUCUGAUUUUCUCUUUAUUCACUAACUUAUUUAUCAAAAACUUUGUGGGUAAGGCAGGUGUGUCUGUUGUGAAGGCGACGAUGCUGGGUGGGAACAAGAAGGAGCAAAAAGAAGUGGCAUGGUGGCCGCAAGAAGAAAUUGAAAGCGAAAAAGACAUUGUGCUGCGGUGACACAGUGGCAGGUCGGUGUGUGACACGACCUUGGGCUAAAGCGCACGUGUCUCCAGCUGCACUCCAAAGACGGCAGCGGGUGGCUCCAAAGGCCUGGUCCAAAGAAGAGACCCACCAGCAAUGCACCGGCCCACCACCUCCCUGGAGUACUGCGAUGGGGCAUUGCAGUACCCGGGCUGGUUCCCACUGGCAGUCUGGCCCCAUCCUGCGCCAAGGAGGCCAGCGCGGGCGUCAACACAUUGUGACUCGCCAAUCCCUGUCUUCAUUGAGCACUGUAAAGAUAGGCUUGUUAGCCUCAUGAGAUGAAGCCUCUCUCUGCGGUUGGUAGCCUCCCCGCUCGUCCGAAAGACUGCAUUUCAUUCGAAAAAACACAGAGCACUGUGCACAAGAUUAAGUGCCCAAAGGCUCUGCGUCACAUGUUGGUGAGACUAAAAUCUUCCUGGGAAGAAUUCGUCAACACAGGAAAGACUUUCACCACCUAAACAGAGAACACAGUGCCGUGGCAGAACACUGCAAACUUUUUGAUCACCAGAUUAGCCUCAACAGUGCCAUCAUCUUAGAUAAAAUGAUCAGUGUCAGUGGCCCCUUUUAGAAUCCUGGAACAUCCAGAAGACGCCGGGUAACGUCAGUCGUUAGUCGGGAACAAUCUCAAGGUCUACGAAAAGCGUCUGUAUGCCUCCCAAAGUGCCAAAAACGCAUAUAAUAACUGCUAUGCCUCAUGCCAUCUCACCCCUGAAGAAGGAGUCUGUCAGGUUCUGAAAAAUGGGGUUUUAAAAAAAAUUUUGGUUAGAGUUGUUCUUUUCCGUCUCUUUACUUCAGUUAUCCCUAGCCAGGCAGAUAUCUGCAGAGUGUUUACCUUAGAUUGAAGUGGUUGAAGGAAAAGGAAACCAGGAAAUCACCCGUCAAGAGGAAAGCAGGAAGAAAGCAGAGAUCGGCAGUGUUUCACUGCAUUCAGUACUCAAAACCAUACAAGAAAAGGAGUGACUUGUUGAUAUUAAAAACAGUGACAAAGCCAUCAGUGGCAUUGAUUGCUCAUAAGGACAUGCAUCCCGAAGGCACAUAGGAAAGCUGGAUGGCAAAGGAUAAAGUGUGAGACUUGGAAGCUCUGUUUAUGACUGGAAAAGAGGACAAACAUAAAAAUGAACAGCAUCCCUGCAGGACAUUACAGGAAAUAUAUAGGUGUUGGAAGAAAGGGAACAAGACAGGAAAAAGAAAUUCGGGAAAAUUUCAAAGGUGAUGCGAAAAAGCUGGCUGCUGUGACAAUGAGUGGCUAAAGUGAACUUGAUGUAGAAAGAAACCACAAUUUUGAUAGGAUUCUGGUGCAUUGAUAAGAGAAGAGAAACUGAUGCAGAUCACUACUUUCAUUUGGUAUAACUGACAGAGAAAUUUAUAUCAAGCUCUCUUAUUUAUUACCUGCGUUAUGAUGUAGUUGUUGACAUUCAGUUAUAGUUUGCCGCUUUUACCUAUAAAAAUAUGACUAUGAGUGACUAACUCAUGAAAUAGUAAUGUGGUGACUGGGAAACAGCUUCUGUUUUAUAUGUGGUAUCUCUAAGUGGAAAUUGCAACCAGGGUAGUUUGUUUGGAUCAUCAUCAUCAUCAUCAUCCUAUGUCCACUGCAAAACAAAGGCCUCUCCCAGCGAUUUCCAAUUGCCCCUGUCCUGCGCCAACCGAUUCCAACUAGCACAAGCAAAUUUCCUAAUUUCGUCGCACCACCUAGUCUUCUGCCGUCCUCUACUGCGCUUCCCUUCUCUUGGUACCCAUUCUGGCACCCUAAUGGUCCAAUGGUUGUCUAAUCUGCACAUUGCUUGACCUGCCCAGUGCCAUUUUUUUCUCUUGAUGUCUGUUAGAAUAUCGUCUAUACCCGUUUGCUCUCUAAUCCAAACUGCUCUCUUUCUGUCUGUUAAAGUUAUGCCUAGCACUCUUCAUGCCAUCACUCUGCGUGGUCCUCAAGCUUCUUUGUCAGUCUCCAAGUCUCUGCCCCAUAUGUCAGCACCGGUAAAAUGCACUGAUUGUAUACAUUCCUUUUCAGUGAUAAUGGUAAGCUCCCAGUCAGGAGCUCACAAUGCCUGCCGUAUGCAAUCCAACCCAUUUUUAUUGUUCUGUGAAUUUCCUUCUCAUGGUCAGGGUUCCCUGUGAUUAGUUGACCUAGGUAAACGUACUCCUUCGCAGACUCUAGAGGCUGACUAGCGGUCUUGAACUCUUGUUCCUUUGCCCGGUUAUUUAUAAUUAUCUUUGUCUUCUGCAUAUUAAUCUUCAACCACACUCUUACACUUGCCCUGUUAAGGUACUCAAUCAUUUGUUGUAAGUUGUCCACAGUAUUGCUGAAUAGAACGUCAUCUGCAAACCGAAGGUUGCUGAGGUAUUCGGCAUCAAUCCUUACUCCUAAACCUUCCCAGUUUAAUAGCUUGAACACUUCUUCCAAGCACGCAGUGAAUAGCAUUGGAGAGAUUGUGUCUCCUUGUCUGACCCUUUUCUUUAUAGGUAUCUUCCUACUUUUCUUGUGUAGAAUUAAGGUAGCUGUGAAAUCUUUGCAGAUAUUUUCCAGGGUAUUUACGUAAGUGGUCUGUACUCCUCGACUACGAAGUGCCUCUAUGACUGCUGGUAUCUCUACUGAAUCAAAUGCUUUUUUGUAAUCUAUGAAAGCCAUAUAGAGAGGCUUAUUUUACGCUGCAGAUUUCUCAAUAACCUGAAUAAUGACAUGGAUGUGAUCCAUUGUAGAGUAUCCUUUCCUGAAGCCAGCCUGUUCCCUUGGUUGACUAAAGUCCAGCGUUGCCCUUAUCCAUCAGAGAUUAUUUUGGUAAAUAUUUUAUAUAAUACUGGGAGUAAGCUCACAGGCCUAUAAUUUUUCAGUUCUUUAACAUCUCCUUUUUUGGGGAUUAGUAUGAUGUUUGCAUUCUUCCAGUUUUCUGGAACCCUUGCAGUUGAUAGACACUUCGUAUAGAGAGCCGCCAGUUUUCCUAGGAUUAUGUCUCCUUGAUCUUUGAUUAAAUCGACUGUUAUUUCAUCCUCUCCUGCCACUUUUCCCCGUUUCAUGCCUUGCAAGGCUCUUCUAACCUCACCUCUAGUUAAAGGAGGAGUUUCUGUGUACUGUUCAUUAUUGUUUCGAAUAGAGUACUCCUGAGUCCUCUGGGUACUGUACAGGUCAGUAUAGAAUUCUUCUGCUUUUAUUAUACCUUCGAGGUUGCUGAUAUUACCUUGCUUAUCUUUCAGUGCAUACAUCUUGGUUUGUCCUAUGCCAAGUUUCCUUCUCACGGAUUUCAGGCUGUGUCCAUUCUUUACGGCUUCUUCAGUCAUUCUCACGUUAUAGUUUUGAAUAUCACAUGUUUUCUCCUUGUUGAUCAGUUUUGACAGUUACGCGAAUUCUAUCUAAUCUCUUGAGUUUAACACUUUCAUUUUUUGUCGUUUCUUUAUUAGGUCCUUUGUUACUUGGGAAAGCUUGCCUACUGGUUGCCUUGCUGCCUUGCCUCCCACUUCACUUGCUGCCUCUGAAGCCAGCCUUGUUACGGUUUCAUUCAUGACCUCUAUGUCAUCAUCAUCAUCAUCUCUCUGUUCUAAGGUUGCAUAUUUGGUUGCAAGUGCCUGCCUAAAUUUGACUGCUUUUAGCCUUACUGCCUCCAAGUUGACUUGUUUUUUUCUUAACCAAUUUGACUCGUUCUCUGUUUAAAUUGAGGUGAAUCCUAGCCCUCACUAACCUAUGAUCAAUGAACUUUACCCUACCUAUCACUGCUACAUCCUGCACUAUGCUGGGAUCGGCAGAAAGUAUGAAAUCGAUUUCAUUUCUUGUUUCACCAUUAGGGCUUGUCCAGGUCCACUUUCGGUUGCUACGCUUCCUGAAAAAGGUGUUCAUUAUUCUCAGCCUAUUCCUUUCUGUGAAUUCUACCAGCAUCUCUCCUCUAGCGUUUCUAGAAUCGAUGCCGUAGUUGCCAAUUGCAAAUUGUGUUUGGGUAGAUUAUGUAGUUAUGGAUGGUUGAAGCAGAGUAGUGUAAAAGUUGUUUGUUUAUAUUGCUCAGUGUUGCAGGUGUAGUGCUGAGACCAUCUUUGGUGUAUACUAAGCUUAAAUACUUCAGUUUCUUUUUUUCUUUUUUUGGGUGAGAGACUUCUGUGAUCUGCAGUGAUACAGUGAAGGGCUGUUGUAGAACAAUGAACAUCUGUGCACUUCAAGAUCAUAUUUGUCUGAACGUAUUGUACAUGCAGUGUGAAUGCCCAAGUGAAUAUAGCAGUUUUAUUUUAAAGAACUGAGUGGGGUCUAUGUCAUGAGUGACAGAUGAAGCAUGUGUGUGUGUUGAGAAGACAAUGAUGAUGCUGGUCAGCAAAAAGAAGGAACACAAAGAAGUGGCAUGUGACAGAAGUGAAUAAGAAAAGGAGACUGCUCAGGUGGCAAGUCAGUGAGUGAUGUGACUUUUGGCUAGUGCGGACGUGUCUCCAGCCACGCACUGGAAACGGCAGUGGGGGGCUCAGAAGACCAGGCCCAGAGAGAGGACUCAACGGCAUUGCAUUGGCCCACCAUCCCCCUAAAGUGCUGCGAUGGUGCAUCUCAUUACCCAAGCAGGUUCCCGCUGGCAGUUCUUGCUUGCUUGGUCCUGUGCCAGCCCAGGCGUCAACACGUCGCUAUUCAUCGAGCCCCAUCCUGUGCAGUGGCGGCCACUCAAGCACCUAGCUCCUUCCUGUGCUACUACACAUUGGGUCCCGUCCUGUGGAACGGACCUCCCGACGACUUGACCCAUCUUGUAGUACCAGGGUGUUUGGUGCAAGAUUAUGACACAUCAACUAAGACGAUUCUGAGCAGUCAGGAUUUUCAGAGUAGAACUGUAUACAUUGUAUAGAGUUUUAGGUAAUCAUAACGUGUGUGCCCUGUUUGUUUAGAGUUAAUUUUUUUUAUCCUUGUUUUUCGAUUAUAAAUGUCUGUUCCACAUUUGCAA